CUCAGGGGAUGGACGAGGAGAGAUGAAAGUGUCCGAGAAAUAGUCCUCGUGUAAGUGUGUACUUACUAGACGAGAAGAGUUUUGCUGCGCCGUUAUUUUGGACACCUACCAGAGCUAAUGUAAUCAUCAUCUGUCUAACGUCCUCUUUGGAUUUGUAACUUAAAGUUUGUACUACCUAAGACAAACAUAAUCAUGGAUCCUCAGAUGCAACAGAUGCUGCAAAUGCAGCAGCUGUUUCUCCAACAGCAAAUGGCGCAGCAAGGUGGCCCUUCUAUGGUCGGAAACCCGAUGAUGCAGCCUGGGCAAAUGGGAAUGAAUAUGAUGACUCCCUCUAA